AUGUUUUCUGUUUCUAGGACACCCUCUUUACGUUCGCCGUCAACAACUCUGCUUUGUGGUCUGGCUGCAUCAAAUGUAAUUGUUGGACUUAUAGCGCAGCCUCUCUUUGUCAUUCAUGGGCUGAUACCAAAUGACACCCUGAAGUAUGUGGUAUACUUUUUCUCCUGCAACGGCUGUGGAGUUUCCCUAUUAACGAUGACACUUAUAAGUUUGGAUCGAUACGCGGCUCUUCACUACCACAUGAGAUAUGCUACCAUGGUGACUUCCAAAAGGGUUAUCUGCACGCUAGCGACAAUGUGGUUUGUUAUAUAUGUGGAAUUUGGUAUCUACUUU